AUGAAUAUGUGUAAAAUACCCGACAAAUACUGUAUAUACAUGGAAAAUAAAGUAAAUGACAUUCCGGUGGAAGAGAGGGAGAAAUUGUAUGAAUUGUGUAAAUCAUAUUUAGGCGACAAAUGGUCUGACAUUAGUGCCACUGAUUUGAUUGUUAAGCCCAUAACCGAGGGCUUUGUAAACAAACUAUAUCUUUGCAGUUUACCUGACGGUAUAGAAACUGCUCGAUAUAAUAAAGUGGUGGUCCGUUAUGUGGAUUUUGAACAGUUUAAGGAUAUGUUUAGUCAAACACAAGUCACUACUAUAAGUGUUUUAUUGUCGCAAAUCAAUAUCAGUCCCAAACUGUUGGGUGUUUUUCCCAACGGAACCAUCAAUGAGUACAUCGAUUCCAGAUAUUUCAACGCCACGGAUGACCUGAACCCGAAAACAGUGGCCCUAUUGGCCCAAAAAGUGGCCACAUUUCACUCCCAACGGAUACCAAUACCUAAAAACCCAAAACCAAUGAUUGAUAUGUUCUCAGACUUUCUGAGCGACGAAAUAAAGCAAUCCUUCGACACCGGGAUUGUUGGCCAACAGAUACGGGACAACAAUUUGCGGAUCAAAGAGUUGGAUCCGGUGGUCGAGUUGUCUUGGCUCACAACCACAAUCAAACAGCUGAAUAGUCCCACUGUCUUCUCCCAUAACGACUGCAAUCGGCGCAACACUUUGGUCAGGGAGUCUACAGUGAAUAACAACCAGGAGCUGGACAUCUAUCUCAUAGACUUUGAUUGGUGUAAUUAUGGCUACCGAGGCAUUGACCUUGGUCAAUACUUUUGCAGUUGGGGCCAAAAGGAGACCGACUUCGGCGAAGGUCAGUUUCCGGCCGACCACCAGAUGUUGCCUUUCAUUGACGGCUAUAUCGACGAGAUGUGCAAAAUUCACGGCAACUCUUACCGGGAAUUACCGAUCAAUUCCCGGCAGACACUAACCAAAGAAGCAAAAGUGUUUACUCUAAUGGCGUAUAUGAAGGAUAUUCUGUAUAUUUUUUGGGAAACAACUAAUACUAAACGCACAGAUCUUAUGCCAAAGGCGGAGAUCAGAUAUAACUGCUAUCGAGUGCUGAAGAAUCAAAUGGAAAAUAAAGAAAACGAUAUUCCGGUGGAAGAGAGGGAGAAAUUGCAUAAAUUAUGUAAAUCAUAUUUAGGCGCCCAAUGGUCUGAGAUUAAUACUACUGAUCUGAUUAUAAAACCCAUAACUGAAGGAUUUGUAAAUAAGUUAUAUUUAUGCUGUUUGCCGGAUGAUUACAAACAAACCGCACGUUAUAAUAAAGUGGUGGUCCGUUAUGUAGAUUAUGAACAGUUUAAGGACUUUAUGGAUGAGACACAAGUGUUGACAAUUAAUCUCCUGUUGUCGUCAAUCAAUAUCAGUCCCAAACUGUUGGGCGUUUUUCCCAACGGAACCAUCAAUGAGUACAUCGAUUCAAGAUAUUUCAACGCCACGGAUGACUUGAACCCGAAGACAGUAACCCUAUUGGCUCAAAAGGUCGCCACAAUUCACUCACAACGGAUGCCAAUCCCUAAACACACUAAACCUAUGAUUGAUGUAUUUGAUGAAUGGCUGACAGACGAGUUGAGACAAUCGCUGGCCAACGGUAUAGUACGGCAACAAAUGCUCAACAGGUAUGAGAUUAAAGACAUGGAUUUGAUGGCAGAGAUGUCGUGGCUCUCGGCGGCCAUCAAACAGCUUCGGUCGCCGAUUGUCUUCUCUCACAAUGACUUUAAUCGACGCAACACUUUGGUCAGGGAGUCCACAAUGAAUAACAACCAGGAGCUGGACAUCUAUCUCAUAGACUUUGAUUUUUCUAACUAUGACAAUCGGGGCGUCGACUUUGGCCAAUAUUUUGCCGGUUGGGGUCAAAAGGUGACCGACUUUGGCGACGGCCAGUUCCCGGCCGAUCACCAGAUGUUGCCUUUUAUUGACGCCUAUAUCGACGAGAUGUGCAAAAUUCAUGGCAACUCUUUUCGGGAAUUACCGAUCAAUUCCCGGCAGUCAAUGACUAAAGAGGCAAAAGUGUAUACUUUAAUGGCAUAUAUUAAAGAUAUACUAUAUAUCAUUUGGGAGACAACUAAUAGCAAGCGCACAGAUCUUGUGCCAAAGGCGGAGAUCAGGUAUAACUGCUAUCGAGUGCUGAAGAAACGUAUUCUUGAAGAAUAUUCAGACAUUAAUUAA